AAUGCAGUGUGCAUCCUCAUUCACCGUACGCAACUUUCCAACACUUGGCUUCAGUCCCACAUUAUUCGACAAUGUCACAACACCACAAAAACCCCUCGAAAAUAGUGGCCAAAGCGAGGGAGAACUUCACCAAAGGUCUCACCAAAACCCUGACCCAACGCACCAACUUCCUCAAAAGUUUCUUCAAAUUUUUGAAAGAUAAUGAAGAAGCGAUUAUCACGGCGAUAUUCCAGGACGUGCGAAAACACAGGCAAGAGUCCCGUUUGGAAAUUUCCAUGGCUCAGAGUCACGUCAGGUACUUGAUUGAUAAUUUGCCGAAGUGGGUGGUUUGUGAUAAACCGCCGAAGCGAUGGGUGGAUGUGUUGGAUGGGUUGUACGUGUACAGUGACCCAUAUGGUGUGGUGUUGGUGAUGUGUACUUGGAACGUACCGCUUUUGACGCUGCUACCAGCCGCAGGGGCUAUCGCAGCGGGUAAUUGCGUCGUGAUCAAACCCUCGCACAACUCACCCAAUUUGGGGCACCUUUUGGACACGACUUUACGCAAGUAUUUGGACCCGGAGUGCUUCCCAGUGUUUUUGGGGAAUACAGACGAAACGAAGCUUCUUCUGCAGGAACGCUUCGACUAUAUUUACUACACAGGGUCCACGAAUUUCGGCAAAAUUGUCCAUUUGGCUGCGAAUAAAUUUCUAACUCCGACUACGCUAGAAAUGGGUGGAAAAAACCCGGUUUAUGUUGACCCCAGUGCCGAUUUAGAGUUAGCAGCGACGAGGAUAAUGUGGGGGAAGUGUUUCAAUUCGGGACAAACCUGUAUAGCCCCAGACUACGUCCUGUGUCCCAAAUCUCUCCAAAACAAGUUUGUCAAAUACGCCAAAGCUGCAUUGUUCCGUUUUUUCAAAAACGACCCAAAUUCCUGUCCCAUUGUUACCGACCAACAUUUCAAACGACUGGUGGAGUUGUUGCGCGGGCUUACCAUAGUAGCAGGAGGUCACACAGAUCCUUUGCAAAACUACAUAGAGCCGACCAUUGUUGUCGACGUACCUUCGAACCACCCCAUCAUGCAGGAGGAAAUCUUCGGACCCAUUUUGCCCAUUAUCACUAUCAACAAUUGCGAAAAAGCUGUAGAGUUUAUCAAUGGGGGCGAAAAGCCUCUAGCUCUGUACGUUUUUACUAAAGAUAUGGCCGUUAAGGACUAUUUUAUUGACAAUGUGACUUGUGGUGGCGUCACGAUCAAUGACACCUUGAUGCAUCUGAUGGUCGAGGAACUACCAUUCGGAGGAGUGGGGAUGAGUGGUAUGGGGCGCUACAAGGGUAGGGACAGUUUUGAUACCUUUAGCCACAAGAAGAGCGUCCUGGUUAAAAAUUCCUGGAGGAUCGUCGAAAAAAUCAACGAGUUGAGGUACCCUCCUUAUUCGGGGCGCAAAACCAACAUAGCUGCUUUAUUGCUUCAGUACCGACGGGGACUAUCUUUGAACUGGGUUACGUAUGUUCUGGUGUUCCUGAUCGGUCUCUGCGCUGGUUUUCUCCUGUAUUAUGUUCUUGAUGUACAUUUGUUGUAAGA